AGAUGUGACACCUCGCGGUCAAUGUUAGCGGGGAUGCGAUAUUUUCCGGUAAAGUAGUUUUGGCAGUUUUUUGAGACGUGGUGUACGGGAAAAAUACGUGUAAAAUGUAAAAUUGGUUUCCUCAAACGCUAAUCGAUUACGCUAAUUUAUAGCUCUCGUCGUUGCUCGAACCGCGAUAAACUCUUGUGAAUCAUAUCCGUGAUCGUUGUGCACAUUAUAGUACCAUAUAUAAGAUAGGGCGCUCCGAACCGUAUUAAAACAUCGAUCGGUGCAGUGAAAGUGAUAAAAAGCAACGAAAUUCAAGUGUUUUUUCACCAUGUAGUCGUUACGUCUUCCUCAAUAGACCUUUAAGCUUGUAUCGCAAUCCACUUUUUGCGUUUUUCACGUACAAGGUUAAAGCGCUCUGAUUCACAAUUAUUGCAUCUGACCAGGCCAAUAAUAAAUAAAAAUGAGUGGGGAUAUGUUUGAGGGAAAGGAUUACCCAACCCAAUGGGCCCUAAAUCCUUCCGCUUACCAAAACAUGAGUAACGAUCAAGUCGACUGGGCUGCAUUAGCUCAGCAAUGGAUCAAAAUGAAAGAGACCGUAGUGCCACCGGCACCGCCUCCACCUACUAUUAAUCCUGUGUGUUCUGGGACUGAUGGUAGUGGAGAAGCUCCUAUGGACAUGGACACAAAAGAUGAUGACAUACCACCAGCACCACCUGCACCUACGAUCAGUGGAUCAGCUGAAGGUUGGAACCAAUGGAAUCAGUGGGGUCAUUGGAACAGCUCAGGUUCUGGUGCUGGUACUUGGGAGUGGACUGGUGUACCACCACCCGGUGUUUCUAUAGGUUCUGAUGGGAAACCUAUGGGAAUUCCCACAGUACCAGUCAUUCCACCUGCUCCAACUAUAUCUACUACUACAGAAUUUAGUGUACCACCUCCAGCAGCACCAUCACUAUAUUCUUAUAACUCAGUACCUCCAACACAACCUUAUAGUCAGGUCAGUAGUUUUUGGUCUGGUGAACCCCCUGCUUCAAUACCUCCUCAACCACCUCCUUUCAUGAAAGGAGUUAGACAUGCAAAUAGAGCACCACAUCUGAGACCUAUAGAUAACGUACGGUGUCGGGAAGAUAGAGAAAAGACACCAGAGGAAGAUACAACUACAACAAUAGACGCGGCAAAACGUAGACAGUUACCAGCAUGGAUUAGGGAGGGUUUAGAAAAGAUGGAAAAAGAGAAACAGAAAGCUGUUGAAAGGGAAAGACAGGAAAUUCUAAGGAAACAAGAGCUGGAAGCCAGAAAACAAGCUGAAGAUGAAGCUCGGGCAGUUCUGAAUCCUUCUAAAAGCAAAUUUGACUCCGAUUCUGAGAAGGAAACAGAGCAAGAAGCUGAUGAGGGAGUACGUAAUCAGCAAGUGGUUGAGAAAAAUUUCGAACGUAGCCAAGAUAUUCUUCUUCGACCGCGAAAAUCGCGAUUUCGAGACGCAGAUUCACCGGAUGCUCAUACCCAUACCGAUAGGAGUCCAACCACCCCUAACACGACUCUAAGUACACCCAAGCGAACCAGAGAGGAAAUUCUACAAGAUGCGAUGUUGAAGGUGCGGAGAUCCCUAACGGAAAUUCUUCUGGAGGUAACGAACGAAGAAAUCGGUUCUAUAUGCAGAGAGGUUUGGAGCCGCGCACGUGCCAAAGUCCCUGCAGGAGAGACCCCCGUCGCAUCCUUCAACAACAUGGCCCCUCUUGCUCAGAUCACUCGUAAGCUUGGUCUGGGCAUCUAUGGCGACAGCAACAGCGAGUCUGAGGAGGAGCAGAGCGAACACGUCCAGGCUCAAAACAACGACAGCGACGAGGAGCUGAUAGAAACAUUGAGACGGCGGCAACAAGCGUUCAAAAAGACGGAGGAGGAAAUCGAGGCGCGUCUAGCGGAGGAGGAUGAGAGGGAUGAGCAACGUUACGAGGAGCAUUAUAAUAAACAACAGGAAAAUCAUACUGGUAAUACAAGCUGCAAGGACACAGUUGAUGAAAAAGAAACGGUAAAUAAUCAAAGAGAAGCGUCUGAAACUUUAUCGAGCGGCGGACAAAGUCCACAGCAACAAAGCGUGCCGCCUGAUACAGCAAAGACCGAUACUCCAUCGGGAUCAGCCGAUUCCGAAUCUAGCAGUUCCGAGUCGACGAGCUCUGACUCGAGUCGCACCUCGGCGAAGAAGAAGAGAUCGAGCAAAGUCCGUGAACGUGAUUAUCGAAAGAGGAAGUCGAAGAGUAGGAGUAAAUCGAGAGGCAGGAAGUCUCGAUCUCGUUCAUCCGAGCGUGGUCGCAGACGCAAAUCCAGGUCCAGAUCGAUAAAGUCUUCACGUAAAGAGUAUCGUUCAAGGUCUUCGAGCAAUUAUAGGUCCGGGAAGAAGCAUAGAUCGCGAUCGAGAAACCGAAAACGGCGCAGAUCCCGCUCGAGGAGCUGCCGUAGAUCUAGAUCCGUCUCGGCCGCGAGGAAAUGGUCACGCUCGCGUUCCCGGGGGAAGAGGAAGUCCCGUUCUCAUUCGAGGAGCAGAAGACGCAGUAGGUCCUACUCUGUCAGACGCAGUAAAUCUCGCGCCAGGGAUAAACGAAGGACACGAUCACGAUCCAAGGGCAGAGACAGAACUCGCUCACGUUCCAAGGACCGCAAGCGUUCUGAAUCUUACGUUUCCAGGAGCAAGAGGAGGAGUCGAUCUAGAUCUAGGGAUCAUAGGAAAUCACGAUCGAGAUCAAGGCAGCCGAAUCACCGGGAUGGUAAGAAAUCGUCCUCCCAUCGGUACAGGAAUUGAACCUGACCAACUUCUAGCCAAGGUUGUAUAUAAAAAUAUUCAUAUUAAUAACUUUUUCGAAAUAUUCGUGCAUACAGAAAAACAAAGGAGAGAUAAGUAACGAGAGAUACUUUUUUGUUCUCCAUAGAUAUAUAAAUAUAUAUUAUAUAUAUAUAGACACAUCGGAAGCAAAGUUUUUCAUUGUGAUUGUCCAUUAAAAUUUUUCCAUGCGCGCGUUAACAAUAUCGAAUCGAUUAGAUGACUUCUGUCUAAUUCAUUAGGCACGUUAACUUGUAAUAAUAAUAAUGUCCAGCCAGUUUUGUAAUUAUAUCAAAAGAACAUCAGACUUUUUACCUCUGUAGUGCUAUAUCGAAUAAACCUACCCCUUCUUCCUUUUCUUUUUUGAAAUAAUCAGGAACACGUCGCCGAACCUCUUACGUUUAUCAUUCUGAUUGGUUUCCUUCUUUGGUAUUCUUAUUAUUUUAUAACAAUAGGAUUCGUUUUAUACGAGAGGUUAUGAGUCUACAUUUUUCGCAACAGUGACUUGUAGCGGACGGCGAUUUAUUUGCGGCAAACAGACUUGCUGAAUCCUCGGAAGCAUGACUAUUGUUGCAUCGUGUACCCUUUCUUGUGUAACUUUUAAAUAAAUAUUCCAACUUGUUGACAUUGACAGCAAAAGUAACGAUGGAAAUUGCUUGGCCUGUGUCCGAUGAUGUUACGAUAGGGGCCGGGGGGGGGGGGGGGGGUUACUUUGUAAAGUUGCCCAAGUUCGUGAAGCGUACUUAUGCACAGGAUGACGAUAACUGCAUAUCACCUGAGAUCUAUGUACAAUUUUUUAAAUCAGAGACAAUUUCGAUUGAGAUUGACUUGUGAUUAAUUAAAUUCCAUGCUUUGUAUACUACCCAUAAGUUUUGUAUAACCUCUUAUUCAAGCUUAUAACGAUCGUUUAAAAAAUGUUUUCCUUUAUUUUUUUUAAUUUUGCUGGCCUCUCUUAUCAGUGAAGGAGGAGGUAACACGAUGUAACAAUCGAAAAGCUACAUAACCAGUAAGCGAAAUCGACUAAGUCCAAACGUGUUUUAUAUUAUUAGACACUCGAAGAUACCUGAUUUGAGUGUAUAGGAGUCGCAAUGAUUUAUUACCUUUAUUCUUGUUUUACUAUUCCGUUAGAAUCGCGAGAAUUAUUUUUCGUUUGUCCCUUAUGUAUCCAUUAUCGCCCUAUCGAACGAAUAGUAACGAAAUUAUUACAACCCAGAUGCCAUCCGUAGCACGUACACGCAGAGAUUGAUCUAAUGAUUCAGUUACAGUUUACAUAAUUGAAAGUACGUUCAAAUACAUUAAAGCGAUGAUUUCAAUGUAUUGAAAGUACGGACCCUACUUACAUACCGCUAUGAUAAGUGUAAUGAGUCAUUUUUGAUUGAAAUAAAUAAAAAAAAAAAAAAAAGAAAGAAAACGAACCAUA